AUGGCUGCCCGGGAGCCAUCUAGAUAUCUAUCAAGGGCAUUGCCCCGAGCCUUUGCACCUUCUGCCCGUUCGCAGGCCUUUUUGGGACGGCGCAAUGUCUCCGACGAAGCCCCGGACAGACGUCUUUCGGACUUGGAGACCGCGUCUUCAUUGACGACACCUGUGUCCGAGGAUGCAGCAAAGUCCUUCGACCCUGUUGCGCGAAGCAAAUCUCGCAGAACCCAACUUCCACGGAGUCGAUACCAAUUCCGUUCUCCGAAAUACGAUCGUGGUCCUCUCCACCCUCACCAACCGCCUCCUCCGUCCGAUCCCUCCUCCCGUCUUUUCGUCCCGGGUCCUUUCGCUCUUCCUCGUGCCGAGCAAACCUACAACUCGACCAUCGCAUCUGAUAUUCUCACCCUUUGCUAUGUUCACACCCCUCCAGGCUUUACUCCCCCUCCCAAAGCGCCACGUCUGCGUGAAUGGGACGACAGCUCGCCAUACCACAAGAACCGUCCUCUCCGCGGACCCCGUGGUGGAGACGUCCUGCGGUUGAUCCGCAAGCCGAUCAAGUUCAACAAUAUCCCUAAGAUCGAGCGAAUUACCAUUCACAGUUACGUGAAGGAGGCGGCACAGGAUAACUCCUCGUGGCUGCACGUCGCUGGUAUUGCCGUCCAGGCUAUCUCUAAUGUGCGCGUGGAGACAUUCAAGUCCAAGGCCAGUGUUGCUACCUGGAGCAUUGCUCCAGGCCGUGAUACCGUGGCAGUCAAGGCUGAACUGCAGGGUGAGACUAUGUAUCACUUCUUGGGCAAGCUGGUUGAUGUGGUCCUACCUCGCAUCAAGGAUUGGCAGGGUAUCAAGGGUAGCAGUGGUGACAGCAGCGGAAACAUCACGUUCGGUCUGGAACCGGAGAAUGUGGCCAUGUUCCCCGAAAUUGAAAUCAACUACGAUAUGUACCCUCCCAAGAUGAUUCCUGGUUGUCACAUUACCCUCCACACAACUGCCAAGGCAGACAAGGAUGCCCGACUCCUCCUCAGUGCCAUGGGAAUUCCUUUCUACGGAAAGAUCAUCCAUUGA